AUGGUCCCUGACCUGCUGCUGUGCUUGAGCUUUGGUUAUGCAGCAGCCCUCAAAACCACAUGCCUAUCAGCUCAGUUUAGAAGACCCGGUGAUUAUAUCAUAGGAGGCUUGUUCCCUUUUGGAAUGGACACCGUAAACCUGACGGCACGAUCAGAGCCCACGUUAGUUGUGUGUGAAAGGGUAUUUGUGGAUGGACUAAUAUGGGCUCUUGGGAUGAAGUUCGCUAUUGAUCAGAUCAACAAUUCCACUUCACUUCUCCCGGGAGUAAAGCUGGGCUAUGACAUGUAUGACACCUGCUUUGAGCCAGUGGCAGCCUUACAGCCCAGCUUGCUAUUUCUGACCCAAAAUGGCACAAGGGGCAUUGGAGUACUGUGCAACUACACCGACUAUCAGCCUCGUGUGACUGCUGUGAUUGGACCACAUAAGUCAGAUCUCUGCCUGGUAACGGCCAAACUAUUCAGCUUCUUCUUGAUUCCACAGGUCAGCUAUGGAGCCAGCAGUGAGAAGCUCAGCAACACAGAGUUGUAUCCAUCCUUCUACCGUACUGUUCCCAGUGAUAAGAACUUGGUGGAAGCUGUGGUCCUGCUGCUGAAAAAGUUUAAAUGGAACUGGAUUGCCACCAUUGGAAGUGAUGAUGAAUAUGGCAGAGGAGCACAAGGGCUCUUCUUAAGUAUAGCUGGAAAUCACAGCAUCUGCAUUGCGUUCGAGGGGCUAAUUCCUACAGACCUUGCAGACCCUGAAGCCCAAAACCAACUGGAAGAUACUAUUAGGUUAAUUAACAUGACCAAUGUCAACAUCAUUGUCCUUUUUGCCUCUAGUCAGCCAGCCCAGGCCCUGCUGGAACACAGCAUCAGGAUGGGACUGAGCAAGAAAGUCUGGAUUGGCACCGAAGCCUGGAUGUUGUCCGACUUAAUUGCCUCCAUCCCAAAUAUUCAGACCAUUGGGACAGUCUUAGGCUUUAUUAUGAAAACAGGCAGAGUCCCUGGCUUCCAAAAAUACGUUCAGGAUAGAUUUUGCCAGGAGUCUAGAGAAUUCAACCACCUCAUGAACUCUGUCAUGCUGGACACACAUUGCAAACAGUGUGACCACAUCUCGCUGCAUGACGUCUCAUCCAUGCUAAGCCACUCACAAAUACAACCAGUGUACGUUGCAGUCUACAGCGUGGCUUAUGCAUUGCACAGAGCGCUGGGGUGCACCCACCAAGCGUGUCCCAAAGCGUCCAUCAGAUCUUGGCAACUGCUGCACUUCAUGAAUACCCUCCCAUUCAAGGUGAAUGGCCAAAGUUUCAGGUUUGAUCAAUCCCAUGGCACAAACACUGGCUACAAGCUUAUAUUCUGGUCCUGGAAAAACGGCACCCUUACAUAUCUGCCUGUAGGUGACUAUGAAGAGUCCUUGUACAUCAACAAGUCCCAGAUCCAGUUUCACACUGCAUAUCAAAAGGAGCCCACAUCAGAGUGCUUCAGACAUUGUAAACCAGGACAAUUCAGACAAAUAAAAGGAUUCCACCUCUGCUGCUAUGACUGUACAGAUUGUCCAGAAAACACCUUCUGGAGCACUAAAGACAGCUCCACCUGCACUCCCUGCCAAGAGCAUCAGUGGUCCCCUGUCCAGAGCACACAAUGUUAUGUCCGGAGCGAGAGAUACCUGUUUUGGAACGAGCCACUCACCAUCGCCUUGCUAGUGCUGAUGUCCAUCACCAUAUCCCUGACUUGUUUGACAGCAGUGCUCUUUUUAAAGAACCUUGAGACUCCCCUUGUGCAGGCUUCCGGAGGCAAACUAAACCUCUUUGCCUUGUUCACACUCAUGCUGAUGUGUCUCAGCUGCUGUCUCUAUAUAGGGAAGCCCAGUAACAACCUUUGUAUGAUCCAGCAGAUAGCCUAUGCCCUGUGCCUCAAUGGUUGUUUCUCUACCUUCUUCAUCAAGUCCCUUGAGAUCACCCUGGUGACAGAGUUCCCUCAUUGUGCCGCCACCUUCUUGUACUGGGUGACCCAGCGGAGGGCCUGGCUCCUUGUUGCCUUGUGCCUCCUCACCGAGUGCUUGUUCUGUUUCUGCUAUGUUCACUUGGGCCCUGACUAUCUGGUGCCUGAUUACAAGUCACUGCCCACUGAAGUUCUGCUUGUGUGUAACACAAAGUCCUGGUUUGCCUUUGGUCUGAUGCAUGGUUACAAUGGCUGCUUAGCCUUUGUCUGCUUCCUGUGCACAUUCAUGGUACAAACUCCUGGUAAGAAGUACAAUAUUGCCAGGGGGAUCACAUUUGCCAUCCUAACCUAUUUCAUCACCUGGAUCUUCUUCAUUGCUGUUUUUGCCACGCUAAAGACAGUCCUCAGAUCUGUUACUCAGAUUGGGACCAUUUUGACAACCAGUCUGGGUAUCUUGGUGACCUACUAUAUCCCUAAAUGCUACAUCAUCUUGCUUAAGCCUGAUCUGAACACAGUGGAUUAUUUCCAAAAUUCCAUCAAAGAGGAGCCAGAGGAGGACUCAAACAAUAAACCAGAUCCAUCGUCACCUGCUCCUCAAUAG